CUCCUCUCGACAAGAUACCAGGCACACAUAUGGAUUGGACUCACUUCGUGUGAAGCCACGUCAGGAAGCAGAAGCACGGGUAGUCUUCUCGUUGCAAUUUAGCUUAAAGUUUCCUUCCAAUAUAUACAUACUUUACUGACGUGCCUACCAGCCAACAUGGGAUCGAAUACGCUUUGUACAGACCGCUGGUGGUUUGAAGUAAGAAAAGGCGACAUUUACGCGUAUGCCUCAGGAGCUGACGAUGUUGGCGGAGAUGUCAUCAACGUAUCGAAGACGAAAAAGCCGGGGAUUGUGUAUAUCGAGGCAGGAGGUGACCCUGGGGUAGACUUCUGCGCCGUAGUGGCGAAAUUCUACGUGGAUCAGAACUACUUCUGCAAGAAGUUCCAUGGACUAAAGACGGCUGCCGAGUUUGUCAAGAAGUGGGAUGACCUGGCAAGCAAGAACCCAUUCUGGGCAUAUAUGGAAGACACGCCUAGUAAGGAACACUCACUCAUACCCGCCACAUAG